GUUCCCCUAACUGUUGCAAGAAUGACAGAGAGGAUAGCUAUCACCUUCUUCCUGUCCGGCUGCCCUGCCACACCCUGGGACCUGUGUUGUGUUUUUAAGCUCUCACAUCCAAAACUAAGCUAUGAGACUUGCGAUUCUUAACCUGUGGAAGCGUUAGACUAAAUCUCAAUAAUGAGGACAAUUGUAUUUACUUCAGUGGAAUUUGCUUUAGUGCAAGCCUUCACCAUGGAGCAGCUGAGCACAGCCAACACCCAUUUCGCCGUGGACCUGUUCCGCGCUUUGAAUAAGGACAAUCCUACUGGGAACAUCUUCAUCUCUCCCUUCAGCAUUUCAUCAGCACUGGCCAUGAUCUUUCUGGGGACUCGAGGCAACACUGCAGCACAGGUGUCCAAGACUCUUCAUUUUGAUAUGGUUGAAGAGAUUCAUUCAAAAUUUCAGAGUCUGAAUGCUGAUAUCAACAAACGUGGAGCUUCCUAUAUCCUGAAACUUGCUAAUAGGUUAUAUGGAGAGAAGACAUACAAUUUCCUCCCUGAGUUCCUAGCUUCAACUCAGAAAAUGUAUGGUGCUGAAUUGGCCAGUGUGGAUUUUCAGCAAGCCUCUGAAGAUUCAAGGAAGGUGAUUAAUGAGUGGGUCAAAGGGCAGACAGAAGGGAAGAUUCCAGAACUGUUGCAAGCAGGUACAGUUGACAGCAUGACUAAACUCGUGCUGGUGAACGCCAUCUAUUUCAAAGGCAGCUGGGAGGAUGAGUUCCGGAAGGAAGACACUGCGGAUACCCCAUUCCGACUGAAUAAGAAAGACAAAAAAACCGUGAAAAUGAUGUAUCAGAAGAAGAAACUCCCAUUUGGCUACAUCCAGGACCUUAAGUGCCGUGUGCUGGAACUACCUUACCGGGGCAAAGAGCUCAGCAUGAUUAUCCUGUUGCCUGAUGACAUUGAGGAUGGGUCCACGGGUCUCAAGAAGCUUGAGGAACAGUUGACUCUGGAAAAACUGCAUGAGUGGACCAAAGCUGAGAAUCUGGAUUGGGUUGAAGUCAACGUCCACUUGCCCAAGUUCAAACUGGAGGAGAGCUAUGAUCUCAACUCCCACCUAGCCCACCUGGGUAUAGAGGAUCUCUUUAGUCGCAAGGCUGAUCUGUCUGGCAUGUCAGGAACCAGGGAUCUUUUCAUAUCAAAAGUUGCCCACAAGUCCUUUGUGGAAGUGAAUGAAGAGGGCACAGAGGCGGCAGCCGCUACAGCAGGCAUUGCCACCUUUACCAUGUUGGUGCACGAGGAGAACUUUGUUGCUGACCAUCCAUUCAUUUUCUUCAUUCGGCACAAUCCCUCAUCUCACAUCCUGUUCUUGGGCAGACUUUCUUCCCCUUAGAGACUGGAAAUACGAGGUCAAGCUUAGAGCUUUGUUAGCUGCACUUUUAAUGGUGUCAAGUUUCACACAUCUUUGCCAAUACCACUACCAUCCCUAAGCAGAUCUUUAAUUUCACUUGUAAGUUCAGCUCUUUCCUGUUUACAUACACCCAUGAACUUUGGCACAGAUACCUAUUUUCCUAUUUUUUUUAUAUUGACAAAGUCCAGUGAUUGCUUUUGAAUGCAAGUUAAAAAAAAUCAAGAAAUGAGAUGUGUUAGAUUCUUGACAACAUAGUAGUGUAUGAAGUUGCUAUGCUCUCCUGAUAGCCAAAGGAAACAUGGUAAUUCUGUAAUUUAUUUUACGCACAGAAUUUUGAAAGCCCAAAUCGAGAGACGCAUAUUGUAGAAAGGAGGCUUAAAAAUAGAUAUUCAGUGGAAAUAUAGGGCCUCAAUUAAGGGCCUGGUUUAUAAAGACAAAAUUGCCUUGGCCAAUAUUUCUGAUCCCUUAUUCUACAAGAUUAGUGUUUUUGGUGGUUGUUCUUAUUCUUUCAAACUGUUAAAGAGCCACCAGGCUAUCCAGGUGAUAGCCUGCCUUCCCCUUUUCAUUCUCCUUUAUCCUAUGUGAUGUGGCAUUGGUGUGGGAUUACAUGGAGUCAAAAAGUAGGUGUCUUAUCAUAAAAGAUGCUAAGAAAUGACAGAAAGAAUAAUAUAGUGGGAAAGACUAUUAAGCAAAGAGGGGGUGCCAACAUCUCACUUGUUAACUGUUUUCUUGUAUGUUUUCUGAUGAAGGUUCUUGACUUCAAUCAUGUGAUACUGGUAUUUGUGGCAAUGGGAUGGCUUUAUGAAGGCUGUGGGGGGUAGUGGGGGGCGGACUCUGAUUGAUAUACAUGUACUGCUUGGAAUGAGGCUUGAAAUGCUGCAUUUUCUUGUUCCCACAAAACUAGUUGGCUGGUUAAUAAAUGUUCCUAAGAUUCUAUAAGCCAGACUCAUCUCAGUCCCCUUCUUGUUCUCUUGGAUCUUAGACAAGCCAAGAGUAAAACAGGGAGUUCUUGGCCUGAAGGAACUGAUGUCCAUGACGACAGUCCUCAGAAUAAAAAAAACAUUUU